AUGGCUUCCACAAGACCAGCUCUUGGAAAACUUACUGCCUGCCCACACCUGCAUAGCACGGUGGUUCCGCAGCCUGAUGCCUGUCUAUUUCGUCCAAGGUCGAAUAAGCUCGUGUUGGACAUUGCCAACACGGAGAUGAACCCUUUCAUCUCGCGGAUCGGGGGCCGUCAGCUGCUUGACUGGCUUGAUGCUGAAAGCCGUGACCAUUCCGUUGCUCCUUGUUGCGGGCUGGCCGCAAUCGUCCAGUGUUUGUUGGCUGCCGUGUACGGCCUGGCACGCAUGGUGGAUCUGAGCUAA